AUGUCGAACAUGAUCCGCCCGCACCCGGCCCUGCGCCGUGCUCCCCUGCUCUCGAGACCUCCCUCCACCAUCCCCGCCGCCGCCGCCUUCUCCGCACGCGUCUCCUCACCCAGCUCCGCUCUUCCGCCGCGCUACGUCUCACAGCAACGAUGGGCCAGCGGUGGAGGCUCCAAUGGCAGAGACUUCAUGGGCCAGCUGUACGACAGCACACAGGCCCGCCUGCAGAGAGAAAAAGCGGAGCAAGCUAGAUUUGCAGCACAGAGAGACCUGACCGGUCGCGGAACCAAGGGAGCAGGACUUUUGGCCCUCAUUUUUGUCGCCAUCGCCGCGGGCUACUACGCCGGUUCGCAGAAGCCCGCCUCGCUUCCCACCGAUUCGACCGUUCCCAUCUACAAGACGGAGGACCUAAAGCAUGACACAUCGACUGGCAACCUGCAGGCGGCGUGGGUGGAUUUCAAGGCCAUUGUUGGUGAGGAGAACAUCUCUACCAACGAGAUAGACCUCAAGGCACACGCCGGAUCCGAAUGGUCCUCGUACCCCUCUCUGCCCGGCGAUGUGCCCUUCGCAGUCGUCAAGCCGGCCUCGACCGACGAGGUCAGCCAGAUCAUGAAGGUCUGCCACCAGAGAAGAAUACCUGUCACACCCUACUCCGGCGGCACUAGCCUGGAGGGGCAUUUUGCGGCGACUCAAGGAGGCAUCUGCAUCGAUUUCAGCCGCAUGGACAAGAUCGUCAAACUGAACAAGGACGACAUGGACGUGGUCGUGCAGCCCGCCGUGGGCUGGGAGGCCCUGAACGAGGAGCUGGCCGAGCACAACCUCUUCUUCCCGCCUGAUCCCGGCCCAGGCGCGCAAAUAGGCGGAAUGGUUGGCACAGGCUGCUCCGGCACGAACGCGUAUCGCUACGGCACCAUGCGCGACUGGGUGCUGUCGCUGACGGUCGUGCUGGCUGACGGCACCGUCAUCACGACGCGCCAGCGUCCGCGCAAGAGCAGCGCCGGGUACGACCUCACGCGCAUGUUCAUCGGCAGCGAGGGCACGCUCGGCCUGGUUACCGAGGCCACGCUCAAGCUGACGACGAAGCCGGCCAACACAUCCGUGGCCGUCUGCAGCUUCGGCAGCAUUCGUGACGCCGCUGACUGUGUCUUCCGCGUCGUUGGCGCGGGUGUGCCUAUCGCUGCGAUCGAGAUCCUCGAUGAUGUGCAGAUGCGCUGUAUCAACGACGCGGGCUCGACGGCGAAGCGCUGGAAGGAGGCGCCGACGCUGUUCUUCAAGUUCGCCGGCACGCCGACGAGCGUGAAGGAGCACAUCAGCAUUGUGCAGAGCUUGGCGAAGAGCGCUGGCAGCAAAAGCUUCGAGUUCGCGCGCAGCAAGGACGAGGCAGACCAGCUGUGGAGCGCCCGUAAAGAGGCGCUUUGGAGCGUCAUGGCCAAGAAGCGUGAAGCAGGCGACAAGGUCUGGACCACAGACGUUGCGGUCCCGAUCAGCAGGCUACCUCAGAUAAUCGAGGAGACCAAGGCGGAUAUCGAUAAGAGCGGACUUAUUGGCGCCAUUGUGGGCCACGUCGGCGAUGGAAACUUCCAUGCCAUCCUGCUUUAUAACGAUAGAGAGCAUGCCGCUGCUGAUGGUGUUGUACAUCGCAUGGUCAAGCGUGCUAUUGAGAUGGAAGGCACUGCUACGGGUGAACAUGGUGUUGGCCUCGUCAAGCGUGACUAUCUGAACCACGAGCUGGGUGAGACGACUGUCGACGCCAUGAGGAAGCUAAAGCAGGCAUACGACCCGCUUUGCCUGCUCAAUUGCGACAAGGUUGUGAGGACGAAGAAACCGAAGCCCGGUGAGGUUCAGCCAUGGUAA